ACAGUUUAAUCUCAGGACUUUUUAAUGGUCGUUAUAUUAUUUCCAUUGUUUUUUAAUGAUGCCAUUAGUAAUUUAUCUUGUCAAUAUAAAUAAAAUUUUCACAUUUACAAUACACUUCAUCUUACAAAGGUAAGGGUUUUUGCUGCGUUUACAAGCACGUGGUACAACUGAUUAUGAGAGGUUACCAUUGAUAAAGCCCAGAAAGAUCUUAUUAAAAACUUGUAAUCUUUAAAGUUUAUUAAAAUUUUAUUAAAAAUAUAUUUUUCAAAAUGGUAUAAAAAAUUAUUGCAUAGAUGGCUGGACAAACUCACAUCCCAUCUGGUGUAAAGUGUUUACUGAAGCCCAUAAAGAUCAACAACGUAAAUGUUGCCUUCCAUCUUAAGACAUGAGGUCUAAGUUAUAGGCUUACCGUAAAACAUCUGCAUCCCCUUCAAACAGAAAUGCAUUUUCGCUAUCAUACUAUCAGUUUUAUUAUUUAAAUAUAAUUUUUUUUGGUUAUUUUCUCUAAGUUUUAUUUUUGUUAUAAAAUGUUAUUUCUUCAACAUGGAAGCUAUUCGUGAACAUUAAAUGCUCACAUAUGUAAAUACCACCAUUCAUUCCAUCUAUUCCUGCUGCAAAAUAUCAAUGAGUAUAUUAUUAAACAUUAUAAUGGAAACCCUCCCACUUUUUUGUGCUUGUUGCGGCUUUCAUAUUGUGACCUCCAAUAACUUCAAUAACCACUUAAUAUCUGGAAUUUCCAUCUAGCAAAAAAAAAACAUACCUACUUCUUAUUUUGAGAUAGGUGUUCUGCUUUUUACAGAGGGACUAUACAUUACAUUCAUUAUCUUUAAUAUUGGUAUAUUAGUAUAUUUAAUUUUGAGGCCAUAAAUUUUAAAUGAGUAGGUUGAAUAUGUUAAAAUUUACAAGUGAGAAGAUGGUGCUUAAGAAACCCUAGGUUGUUUUUGAUCACUAGCUUAAGAUAGAUAAUUUGUAAGCCAUCUGAAGUAAUUAUAGGUAUUUAUGAGUAAUUAAGUAAUUUAUAGGCAAGGUACUAAAGUAUUUAUAAAAUCACCUAUAAUAAUGGUCAUUCUAUGUAAUAUGAAUCAUGCUCAUUAAGAAUGUAAUAUCUUUCCUCUUGAAAAAUUUUCGUUCAUCAACGUUCAACUUCCUGAAAGCUCAGAGGGAAGUCACGACGGAAGUACAAAAAAACUAAUAGUUCUUAUCUUUAGUUUGGCAUGUAACCGCUCCUAAAGCAUCUUGGUAGGGGGCGCGGACGCAGAUCCAACUCUGAGUUCGACGCGCAGUUGGAACGGAGUCGGGCGCACUGCACGCCGUGCGCCUCAGCGGCCAAUAAAAACAUUCUCGCGCGAGUGAUGUCACCUCGAGUACUAGUGUUGUAGUGUCCUGUGAUUGUGCGUCUAAUAUGGUAGCAAUGGUAGCGUCUGGAUACGGCACGCUACGCCGUUUUCUAAGCGCCCCCGAGGGCCAGCACGGCGCCAAUGAAGCAGGCGUCGCGUCCAGCGCCUCCGUAGCCGUCUCGUCGAAACAGCGGGCUUCAAUAAAAUGGUUGUUAUCGAAGGCCUUCAAUAACAGGGUUCCGGAAAAUCUACAGGAGCCGUUCUACAGAGAUCACGAGGACUUGGAACACUUGAAGCCACCUAUAUGCGGCGGUUUGGCCAACGCGGAGCUGUACUGCCUGGCGCUGGCCAACAUGUACUCGGAUCCGAACUACCAUAGCCUCAACCAUUGGAACAUCCUGCAGACCCUAGUCAGGAAGGGAAUCGACGUUCCCGACCCACCCGACUGCGCGCUCACCGAAACAGUUUUAAUUCAAACGAAUCCGCUAAAAAUGGGCGCGCACAUGGUCGUAAUCGAAGCACUGAUGAAGCUGUACGCUCGAGAGGUUGUGACCGCGGACCGCGUGUGGGCGGCGGCGCAGCGUUUCGGUGCUACGCUGCCGCCCAUCAACUCGGCCUCCACCCACGAGGCGGGUAUCCUGUGUUGGGUCAACGCGGCCUGCGCUGCAUUCAACAAGGCUGAGGAAUCAACUCCGCCCGUGCCGACGGUGUCCAGUCUCCAAGAUCUGUGCGAAGGCACAUCCUUGGCGGCGUUAGUGUCGUUCUACUGUCCCGAAGCGUUGCCUCGCUCUGCGCUGCGGGUGGGCCGCGUCGCUUCGAUACAGGAUUGUCUGCACAACCUGAUGCUGGUGCACGACUUCUGCGCCAACUACCUGCCUCAUAACAUAUUCCACAUGAUGCCCGAAGACGUCACUUACAUGAGAGGGUCAAUGAAACAAAAUUUAGUAGCGAUGCUCGCCGACCUGUUCAACGUGCUAGAAGUUCAUCCGGUCAAAUCAGUAAAGUGCCCGGGAAGCGAGCGCGAGGCGUGCAACGAGCACGGCGUGCGGCCGCGCCGCGCCCUGCCCGCCCCCGCGCCCUCGCCCAUCCCCGACCUGCGCCCCGACCGCCCGCCGCACGACCUGCACCACGCCGUGCCCUUCGCAGUGCCCCGUUCGCCGUCGGCGUGCAGCGGGCGGCCCGCGCCCCGCCGCUCGGCCAGCUCGACGCCCGAGCGGCGCAGCUGCAGCCCGCAACGCGAUCAGUUCGUCGUGCACCGCGGCAAGGCGGUCACCACGCUCGCCUCCCUAGCCAGGAGGGACGACGACAAUGGAUACGAGGCGGGUCCCAUAGUGCCGGCGGGGCGGCCCACCCGCGGCGAGGGCCGGGACAGCUUCGCGGGGCGGCGGUCGCGGCGCGGCUCCGUGUCCGACGACAGCCAGCUCACGGUCGAGAACUUCGGCGGCUCGCAGGACACGCUGCACUUCGCCGGACGGAACCCCGAGAAGGAGCUGGCCAUCGUCACCAACGUCAGGAAGAUAUCUGCGCCCGCAGGACCCUUAGACAGCUACAACCCACCCCUGCGAUCAUCGCGACAAGACAUCCGAGGCUCAUUCCAACUGUUCGACGACUACAACGGCGCUCCCGACGAACGAUUCAAGGUGGAGCGGCCUCCGCCGCAGCUCAGCGACCCCCCCGCGCCGCUCCGCCGCCAGCGCAGCACGGACGCCGUCAACUCGCCGACAACCAACUACUUCACGUACAAGGGCGGCGGGGACGGCGGCGGCGGCGGCGGCGGCGGCGGCGGCUUCUACCUCGGCGAUAACAGGGACGCCACCGACGGCGAAGCGAUCAAGACUAGCUUCGCCGAUCUCAACAAGAUCAGGACUAACGGUGACCAGACAGGCGCCGCGUCACAGUUCGGUCCGGUGGAGACGGAGCAGACGGAUCGGCGGAAGACCACGACGUUCUCAACGCCGCCGCUGAACACGACGACGUGGCAGCAACAGUUCUUGCAGCAGGAGAACCAACUCAACGGCGAGGAGGGCGCCGGCGAGGGCGGCGCGGGAGGGGGCGGCGCCAUGGCCGCACAGCUCAACAACAUCCGCCUCAAGCUGGAGGAGAAGCGGCGGCGCAUCGAGCUGGACAAGCGGCGCGCGGAGCAGGCGCUCUCCCGCCAGCGCCAGCAGCUCGGCCACCAGGCCUUCCUGCAGGCCGUCACCAGGGGCAAGGGCGCCCGCACUCCGCCGGAGGACGAGCCCAAGCAGGAACCCGCACUAACGCAGGACAUGGUUGUUGAACCGCCGAGUCAAUCUGUCGAUAACGUGGUUUUAGAGCAAUACCAGCAGUCGAUAGCCAAAAUGAACUCGAGCCUGCAAGAUAUACAAAGCGACAUAGCGAGAUUAGCGAACCAACAGAAUCAGUUGCAGCAUCAGCAACAUCAGCAACACCAGCAUCAACAGGCGAAGCAGUUGUUCCAGCAACAACCGCAACCCCAGCUUGUACCGCAGUCGCAGCCGCCACCGUCGCCGGCGCCCUACCAGCAACACUACCAACCGAACAUUCCACAGCUGCACAGCCAGUUCAGCUCACAGCACAACGUCGCUCGCUCCCCCCUCUCCGGCUUCGGGUCCACGCCGCACUUGCCGCGCGACCUGCGGGACCAGCGGGAAAUGUGGGACCAGCGAGAUCAACGGGAUCUGCGGGACGUGCGAGAUCAGUACUAUCCGGCGCAGUACCGCGACAUGGACGAGUACAGUCGGCAACAGUUCUACCUGCACGACAGUCCGCCCCCGCCGCAGCGACGCACGUGGGCGCAGCACGCGCAGCACCAGCACGAGCAGGAGCACCGCGGCUGGCAGUUACAUCAACAAAGUCAGCCGCAGUACCAGAGAGAGCCGGAGCCCCGCACCUGGCGCUCUCCCUCCCCCUCCGCCUCUCCGCAGCCCCCCGCGGAACGGAGCUGGACUCCGCAAGGGUUUACGCAACCCUUCCAUGUCCACUAUUCCCAACAGAACGGCAACGACACACAAAAUCACCUCAGCUACGUGGUCAGCGAACAGCAACACCAACAUCACACCCAUCAGCAACACUCCCACCAGCAACAACAGCCGCUUAAACCGCAACAACUACAUCAGCGGCAAGCCUCCCCAGCGCCGCCGCCGCCCGACGACAUGCAACCGCAGAACAUUUCGUUCAUUGGGAACGCGGAAGACGACGCACUGCGGCACGGCAUCGCCCGCCUCAACAUCUCGUCGGGCACCCGCACCUACCGCAUCCCCUCCCCCACGCGACCCACGCUCGCCAGGAACUCGUUCCAGCAGGAGGAGCUCCCCGAGAACGAGAAAGGCUUUUACAUAUCGUUCGAUAACGAACAGCCGAAGCGCGCGAAGCCCCCGCUCCGGCCGAAGCGAAUGUCCCCGAAGAAGGAGAGGUCGAGCGAAGCGCCAAGCCCCGAGCGCGGUCCCGGGGCGGCGUGGGGCGACCGCGUGCCCGCGCACGAGGAGCCCUGCGUCCCGCGCCGCGCCCCCUCCCCCUCCCCCGAGCGAGCGCGGCCCAGCUCGCCGCAGCCCGCUGCCGCCCUGCUCAUCGGGGAAAUGAACCCGGAUCCCAACUCUGCGGAGGAAAUGGAACGCAAGAAGGAGCGCAUAAUGUUGUUGUCGCUACAACGGCGGCAGCGCGCGGACGAGGCGCGCGCGCGUGCGGAGGCGGCGGCGGCGGCGCGGCGGGCGCGCGAGGACGCCGCGCAGGAACUCAAGCAGGCGCGGAAGGAGGAGCAGGCGCGGCGCCGGGAGGCCAUCCUGCAGCAGUACAAGCUCAAGAAGGCCAUCGAGGAAGCCGAACGAGAGGGUAAAGUGAUAGAUAAGUCAGAAUUAUUGGAGAGUAUGAAACACGGCAGCAGUCCAGCGAGCAGUAACCCUCGGCUGCGGUCCCGGGGCGCCACCACGCGCGCCCGGCCCAAGACCAUCCACGUAGACACGGGCGCACUGCACGCCGCCGAGGGGAUGCUCGCCAAGCAACCGUCCGCCACCAACCUCGCAGCGGGCGGCGGCUCCGUGCGGCGCGACUACUACCGCGGCUCGCAGGACUCGCUCGCCGAGCGCGCCGGCCUCUACCGCGAUUCUCCAGUAGACGACCGCGGAGGCAUGUCCCCGAGCAGCGCCUCGAGCGGCCCCCUCGGCCGGAGGGGCUCCUGCAAGACUUCCAGAGAGCGCGUGAAUGAGGAACCGCAGUCGUCACGUGGAAGGUCUAAAUAUACGAGUUACCAGAGUAACUUUAAGGCGGGGCGCAAGUCAAGCUCUCUAAUGAACUUGUGCGACUCGGGUCUCGGACGGGCCACGCCGCCGCGCCGAGCCGCCUCCCCCGCGCACCGCACCGCCGCCUCCGGGCCCGGCUCGCUGCCCGGCGCGCUGCCCGGCGCCAUCGGCAAGCGCAGGCAGCACGACGACAACUCCGACGUCUCCUCCACGCACUCCUCCAUCAUGGACUACUCCGGUCCCCGGCUGUACAAGCAGCCGACGACCAAGUCGAACCGCGGCAUAAUGCUGAACGCGGUGGAGUACUGCGUGUUUCCGGGCGCCGUGAACGCGGAGGCCAAGCGGCGCGUGCUGGACGAGGUGGCGCGCUCCGAGUCUAAGCACUUCCUCGUGCUGUUCCGGGACGCGGGCUGCCAGUUCCGCGCGCUCUACUCCUACUGCCCCGAAACGGACCUCAUCGCCAAACUCUACGGCACCGGCCCGAAAGUCGUCAACGACAGGAUGUUCGACAAGUUCUUCAAGUACAACUCCGGCAGCAAGUGCUUCUCGCAGGUCCACACGAAGCAUCUGACGGUCACCAUCGACGCGUUCACGAUACACAACUCGCUGUGGCAGGGCAAGAAGGUGCAGCUACCCAGCAAGAAGGACAUGGCCUUAGUCAUAUAAGCGGGACGAGUCGCUUUGUGAGAGCAAACGCUAUAUCUAGUCGCCGGCGGCGGACCGGCAGUAGGGCCAGCGGUAGUCCGCACCGUGCCGAUGGUAUCAAAUUAAUCAAGUACAGUAGAUUGGGGGGAAUAGGGGUCUAGAGGUAGAAUAGGGACAAAUCUGGGAUGUCACAAUACUUUCGUCGGGCUGUUAGAGAUUUAACUUUGUUGAACAGAAAAUGACUUUUAUUUAGUGCUUAAGAAUAUUAAAUAGUUUAAUUUAGUCAUCAAAGUUUUGUAACUCAUUAAAGAUGUCAAAAGUUUAUUACCUAACUAACAACUAAACAGUGCCAGCCCUAUCGAAAAACUCUAUUGUCCCAUUAAGUAACCCGAUUCACUCCAACGCCUGGGUGAAUAGGGACAAGUGAGUCUUUGUAAUUUUUUAUGAUUAUUCUUUAAUAAACUAUAUCUUAAUGCAUUAUAAAUGAAAGUUUAAACUACCGGAACCAUUAUGACUUCAGUUUUAUUAAUAAAAAAAAAACGAUAAAAAUCAAUGUUGAACUCAAAAAGUGUCCCGAUUCCCCCCAUUUUACGGUAAAUUCGCGUAUCUUUAAAAAUAAAGGGUCUUGUGAUUUCGACUUUAAAUGUGAGCGGGAUGUGUUCGAUCGAGAACCACCAUUACAACGAGAGGCUGAUGAUACGAGUGCACAAUCUAAGCGGUAACUCGAAUUCGAAUCGCGAUUAAAAAAAAAACUUUUAGCUUCAAUAAUUUGAUCAUGUUCAACGUGCUGUGUCACAUUGUGUUAUUGCAUUUGUGAUGGAUGUUGUUAGUAGAGUCCGCCGCCGCCCGGACCAGCAGUGCUGUCUGUACGAACGCUACGUUUGCCAUAUGUGUUAGUGAGAUGGUCGAUACGUUCCAAAAUAUGUUUUUUUUUUUAAUUUUUUUUUUUAAUUCCCACAAAUAUUAUGUUAUCUGCCAAAAUGUCGGGUGCAUUCGAGAUAAUUGAAUUGAUUAACAAACAAACAAACAAAAAAAAAACUUAUUCGUUCACAGUGAAACGUUCACAAACUAAUCAUUAUCGCUUAUUUUGUUGUAAUAUUUAACUCGUUAGUGAUUAUUUGAAUUUGACUGGAUGUAAGAUUAAGGUGAUUAUCGAUUUUGUUUAACUGACCUUCGUUUAACGUUAAUUAUUUGUAUUUCCCAUUUUUUACCGCUUGUAUAGCUAAAAAUAAGACGAGGCACAUUUUACCUGGUAAUUGUACUGCCUUAUUCUGUAAAUAAUUGUUUUUGUAUACAGCUAUUUAUUAAAAGAAUGUUAAACGAGAAAUGAUUUAAUGUCAUUUUUCAUUGUUCAAUAAUGAUUGGUCAUCAAUAAUAUACUACCGAUAGUAUAUCGUAUGCAAAUAUAUUGUAUUAUUAAAAAGCGUAACGAAAUAAUAUUGAAUUUCAUAUUA